AUGGCCUACUUCCAGCCAGGACAGCAAGCUACAACCCUGCUUGAACUGAUGACAAUUAGGGCAUUUCACAGUAAACUUUUGCGGCGCUGUAGUCUUGGCACUGCAAUUGGCUUCCGGAUCAGGCGGGGUGUGUUGACUGAUAUACCAGCUAUACUUGUAUUUGUUGCUAGAAAAGUUCACAGGCAAUGGCUUAGUCAUGCCCAAUGUCUACCAGCUGCUCUUGAGGGACCUGGAGGUGUAUGGUGUGAUAUUGAUGUUGUUGAAUUCUCUUAUUAUGGAGCACCUGCAGCCACCCCAAAGGAACAACUGUAUACAGAACUUGUGGACGGCUUGCGUGGGAGUGAUCCAUGCAUCGGUUCUGGUUCCCAGGUUGCAAGCCAAGAAACAUAUGGAACCUUGGGUGCUAUUGUGAAAAGUCGGACAGGAAAUAGGCAGGUUGGUUUCCUUACUAAUCGGCAUGUGGCAGUUGAUCUUGAUUACCCAAGUCAAAAAAUGUUUCAUCCCUUGCCCCCAAGUCUUGGACCAGGGGUAUAUUUAGGUGCUGUGGAAAGGGCUACAUCAUUUAUAACAGAUGAUCUUUGGUACGGAAUAUUUGCUGGAACAAACCCAGAAACAUUUGUUCGGGCAGAUGGGGCUUUCAUCCCUUUUACAGAAGAUUUUAACAUUUCCAAUGUGACUACACUUGUGAAAGGUCUAGGUGAAAUUGAUGAUGUCAAUAAUAUAGACUUGCAGUCUCCUAUCAGUAGUCUCAUUGGAAGACAAGUGGUGAAAGUUGGAAGGAGCUCUGGCUUGACAACUGGGACUGUAAUGGCCUAUGCCCUCGAGUAUAAUGAUGAGAAAGGGAUUUGUUUCCUUACCGAUUUUCUUGUUGUUGGUGAGAAUCAACAGACAUUUGACCUUGAAGGCGACAGUGGAAGCCUUAUUCUUUUGACAGGUCAAAAUGGGGAGAAACCCCGGCCUGUUGGAAUAAUUUGGGGUGGGACAGCUAAUCGUGGUCGGUUGAAAUUAAAAGUUGGCCUGCCUCCCGAGAAUUGGACCAGUGGAGUUGAUUUAGGGCGCCUUCUUGAUCUCCUUGAACUUGAUCUCAUCACAUCAAAUGAAGGCCUCCAUGCUGCACUGCAAGACCAGAGAAAUGCAUCAGCAGGAGGUGAUUCUACUGUUGGAGAGUCAUCAUCACUUGGGCGCGUUACUGCAAAAGAUAAAUCUGAAGAAAACUUUGAGCCAAUUGGUUUGAGCAUCAAACAAGCUUCUACUGGUAAUGAUUCUCAGCAAGCAGUACUUCCACCAUUGAGGCAUGAUGACUCCCAUAUUGAAUGUGGAAUUGAGAGAGCUCCGGGUGUUGAGCACCAGUUCAUCCCGAGUUUUUCUAGCAAAUCUCCAGUAAGUCGAAACCAGGCUGCAUUGAAAAAUCUCUCAGAUUUAAGAAAUGGGCCGGAGGGAGAGAUUUAUGUUUCUCUGCAGUUAGGUGAACCAGAACCAAAGAGAAGAAAUCCUUCUGAUGCUCCAUUGGACAUUGGAAACUCACAAUAA